AGGUGCCCCGCAUACACACGUGCGCGCGUCUUCGUCGUCACCCGUCUCAGCACUCGUUUCUUUUACUCCCUUUUUACUCGCCGUCAUGCCGCGUGAGAUUAAGACGCUGAAGGAGUUCCUCGCCAUCUGCUCCCGCAAGGAUGCGCGGUGCGUGAAGGUCAAGAAGAACCCGAGCGCGACCAAGUUCAAGGUGCGCUGCAGCCGCUACCUGUACACGCUGGUCGUGAACGACAAGAAGAAGGCCGACAAGAUCGAGCGCUCCAUCCACCCGUCGGUGAAGAAGAUCGCCGUGACGGCCCGCUCGCACGCAAAGACGAACGCCGGCGCUCACUAA